GACAGAGUGAGCGCACUCGAGAGGGAGAUCCGUUUCUAGCGCAGUCAGCACUAAAGUCCCUCACAACCUUGUUUCGCGGACGGGACGGAGAGUGUGUGCGUGAGCCAUGCGUCUCUGAGCUCUAGCGCUAGCAUGCAGAACAUUCCAGAGAAGAGAAGAGACACCGGCAGCCCGCGAGGACCCGCGUCCCGGGAUGGCGAAGGACACGGGGACGCAGCGCAGGGGAAGCUGCAGGCGGACGCGGAGCGGGAGACGCUGAUGAUGGAGCUCACCCGGCUGGUGCAGAAGAGUGUGAAAGAGAGCAGCUGGUGGGAAAGGAGAGGAAUAGACUGCAGCAUCCUCACCGCAGCCUUUAUUAGUUUACCGGCAGGGUUCCUGUUGUUGGGUUCGUCUCAGCCGCUGUAUUUCCUGUUGGGUAUGCUGAUAAUGGGCGUGGCUCACGCUGUCAUCACCGUUAAAGGGACACACCUAUCCAGUCACGGCGCGCUCAGCGAAUCACCUGCCUGGGCUGACUUUUGGGCCGUCUUCUUUAUUGAAGUGUGCGGCUCGUUCUCUGCACGGGCCGGCGUUCAGGCUCACGUGAAGAUGCAUCACGCUCACACUAAUGUGAUCGGUCUGGGAGACUCCAGCACCUGGAAAAUCCCCUUCCUGUCUCGGUCCGUCUACCUGUUCAUCGCGCCGCUAGCCGUUCCCAUCAUCACACCCAUCGUUGCCAUCGGUCAGCUGAAGGGUCAGUCUCCGUUGCAAAUUGUGCGGACCGUCUUGUGUGUGUGUCUGGGUUUCUUUUCCCAGUAUUACCUGCUCAGGAGUGUGUCGGGCCUGUCGUGCAGCUCCGCUCUGGUGGUCAUGCUCCUGUGCAGAGCCAUGUUUUCCCUGCCGUACAUACACGUCAACAUAUUUCAGCACAUCGGCCUGCCAAUGUUUUCUGCCACUAACCGGCCCAAACGUAUCUACCAAAUGACACACGGAGUCCUGAACCUUCCCCGAAACCCGCUGCUAGACUGGACCUUUGGUCAUUCCCUUAUCAACUGCCAUGUAGAGCAUCACCUUUUCCCAUUCCUGUCUGACAACAUGUGCCUAAAGGUGAAGCCUAUAGUAUCUCAGUAUCUGAAGGAGAAGAAGUUGCCGUAUCAGGAGGACGGUUAUGUCUCCCGUCUGUGUCUGUUCUUCCACAAAUAUCAGGAGUUGAUGGUGUUUGCGCCGCCCAUCACUGAACUAGUGGGAAUCCAGUGAUGACAGAAUGAAGAGCAGAAAAUGAGAGAAGAUGAACAAUGACAUGACAAGCGUCCAAAUUUUUUAUACUUUAAAUUGGUGCAUGUGAAGGCGUUAGAAUUAAAGUCAACAUGAAACCUGCUCAAAACCCAUUUUACAUGCAUAACGUAACAUAUUUAUGAAAGAAACAGGGUAUUCAACAAGAAAAAAAAAUGUGGGAUGAGACUGGAAUGAUGGUGUCAGCUGGAAAAGAAAGUGCUUUCAGAGACGGAUGACAAUUUGAUAAAGGAUUAUAAAUCUAAACAUUUAUUUGUUUAGAAUAAUAUGCACUGAUAAAUCGUGAAACGACCAGAAAUGUGAAAUAAGAAAGUAAACGGGGCGAUUUUGAAUUCAUGUUGACUUUAUCACAAGCAAUGCAGGGCAAAGAGAGCAUCUUUUCAUUUAAAAAAGAUGAAAAAGCAUUAAGAUAUACUUAAAAAAGGCUUCCUAUUCGCUUAGCUAAAUGACAUUAUUGAAUGUAAAAAUCAUUGCCUUAUGCGCUGACGUCAGAUCAGUGGUAAUACAGCACUGCAGCUCUCACAAUACGCCACGUCUGACCCCAGAUCAGCUCUUAGCUUCAACAUGCAGCUGUAUGCACAGUAAAACUAUGCAUAAAACUUUACCUAAUCUAUACAGGACACACUUUAGCUUUGUUCCAGAGUUUAGUGAGCUGUCUCUUAAAGCGACAGUUCACCUAAAAACUUAAAUUCUGCCUUUUAUUCAUCCUCAAGUUGAUCAAAACCUGUAUGAAGUUCAUUCAGUUGAUAAACACACAUGAAAAACGAUAUUUAGAGAAUGUUUGCAAACAAACAGUUGACGGUAGCCGUUGACUUCCAUUGUGUUUUUUCCCAUACAAUGGAAGUGAAUGGGUGCCGUCAACUGUUUGGUUACCAACAUUCUUUAAAAUGUUUACUUUUGUGCUCAGCAGAAGAAAAAAACUCAUACGGGUCUGGAACAAGUGGAGAGUGAGUAAAUGAUGACAGAAUUGUCAUUUUUGGGUGAACUGUUUCUUUAAGAGGCUAACUGGUGAUAGAUGUGAAACACACUAGAGAUAAUUGAUUCCAAUAGAGUUUGCAAUGCAUUAUGGCAUUGUCUUCUCAGCCAAGGAAACGUGUGAUGCUGCUUUUAACAUUUUGGCCAAAUGAAGGUAUCUUGAAGGCAUAAUGACUAUGAUGGCUUAAAAUACUGUCUAGCUCACUAGGUUUUGGAACAGCUUUUUUUAGAUUAAAGCAAAAAUAGGAGACAGAAACAACACGUAGGUUGACGUACUAAAUUUGCUAACAACAAUCCUGUAAUCUACGUACAAUAUUAGAGAUGAGUACAUUUAACUGUAAUGAAUAUGUGGGAAAUGCACUUAUAUGACCUAAACACAUAAUUAAUCAUAUUCAUAGUGUUGCAGUUGUACUUAUGCACUGAUUUGGAGGGUGAAAUGAUGUUUUGUUUAUGAUUCAGUGAUUUUAACCAAAAUCAUUCACCUUUGACUUGCUUUUACUGAAUGCUCAUGAGACGAGUGUGUGGAUGUUGUUCCUUUUUCAUUUAAAAUGUACAUUGCACUGAUUUUACUGACCAAAUAAAAUGAAGUAGAUAUUCA